AACAAUAUUGCUGGUGAUAAUAAACUGUCAAAAUAAAAAUAUUGAACUAUUGGCCUUACAAAUGGUUUGCGUUUAAUUCUAUAAAUUAAAAGUUAUUCAGAUUUUUACAUUUUUUUAUUGUUUUGCAUAUUGAAGUUUUUCCUGUUGCCUAAAAAUGCUGGUCUGAAACUGGGUUAUAUAUACCAACUUAUAAAUAUUUUACAUGAAGUGUUUUUAUUGAAUCGUCCAAUUUAGAAGGAAUUGAUAAAUUGAUAAAAAUUUAAUAGCGUUAAUAAAAUAAUUGUGAAAUAUAUCUGUCAAACUUUCAAGUAAAUAAUGUCAAGUGGUGAAGAUUCUGAUUCAGAUAAUACCCCGGAGCUUCGAGGAUAUUUAUCUAAAUGGACAAAUUAUAUUCACGGAUGGCAGCCUCGAUAUGUCGUUUUAAAAGACGGCACUUUAUCGUAUUAUAAAAGUGAAAGUGAUAGCGAUUAUGGUUGUCGGGGUGCCAUAGGUCUUCACAAGGCUACUAUUACCAGUCAUGAAUUCGAUGAAAACAGAUUUGAUAUUGCUGUUAAUAAUUGCGUAUGGUAUUUGAGAGCAGAAACUCCUGAAGAUAAAAUUCAUUGGAUUGAAGUUUUACAAUCUUACAAAACAGAAAGCAGUACUCCCGAAAAUGUUUCUUUGAGACGUCAUGGUAGCACACUUUCCAUUGAAUCUAAUAAUUUGUCAACAGAAAGUACCAACAGUUUGAAGCGAACCCAAAGAAAUUUAAGAGAAAAAAUUAAUGAAAUUGAAACAUUUAAAGAUAUUUUGUAUGGACAAAUAGAAAAUCUACAGAAAUAUUUUGAUGCCUGUGCAACUAUGGAAAAUAACGACAAAAUUAUUCCUCAAAACGGGAUAAAACCAGUUGACUUUAAAGGAGAAUCAAUCACAUUCAAAGCGACAACAUCUGGUGUUAUGAUAACCUUGCAACAUUGCCUUGAUAUUAUUACACAAAAAGAAGAACUUUGGAAGCAAAAACUAGAUAAAGAAAUUGAAAAAAGAAAGCGAGUGGAAGAGCUUUGUAAAAAAUUUAAAGAUGAAUUGGAAAAAAUAAAAAAUUCUUCCUAUCCUGGUCCAGAUUUAGAAGAAGGACCGCAUUCCACUAUUUUAGAAGAUGAAUUUUUUGAUGCCCUUGAAACUGGUUUAGACAAGAUCGAAGAAGAUCGUCAAUUACGAGUAAAAUUAAAAUUUCAAACCCAACAAUCUCAUACAAGUACAUCAAGCUCGCUACCUGGAGAUAAUACAGAAUUACUGGAAGAAUUAAAUAAAGAAAGUAAGCCAGUAGAUCAUCCAUUAUGGCCAGAAAUAAAUAGAAUUUGUGAAGAACAACUUCACUAUGCUAGAGAAGGUGUUGGCGAAAGUACAAAUGGCUGGCAAUUAUUUGCAGAUGAAGGUGAAAUGAAAAUGUAUAAACGUGAAGAAGAAGUGAAUGGUAUGGUUGUUGAUCCACUUAAAGCAUGUCAUAUGGUUAAAGGUGUUACAGCAAAAGAAAUGUGUCAUUUCUUUUUUUUCCCUGAAUAUCGUCAUGAUUGGGAGACUACACUAGAAGAAUGUACUGUUAUUGAAAGAGUAUCAACCGAUACAUUAAUAUUUUUGCAAACACAUAAACGGGUAUGGCCAGCUAGCCAGCGCGAUGCAUUAUUUUGGUCACAUAUGACUAAAAUUACUGAUAAGAAAGAUGAAGGAGCUUAUGAUACUUGGAUUGUCUGUAAUAAUUCUACGGAACAUCCAAAUUAUCCGGCCAAUACUGGCAAAUGUAUUAGGUUAUUUUUAACAGUUAUAUUAGUUUGUAACACAUAUGUGAAUAAAGAUAAAAAUAAAAGUGGACCAAUUACAAGAGAUGACCUUACAUGUAAAAUAACAUAUUGUUCAGUUGUAAAUCCAGGCGGUUGGGCACCAGCAACAGUUCUAAGAGCCGUCUAUAAACGCGAAUAUCCUAAGUUCCUAAAACGUUAUACGCAAUACGUGAUAGAACAGUGCAAGGAUAAUCCUAUAAUGUUUUGAUAUUUUAUAUUUUUAAUCACUUAAGAAAUUGUAUUUUAAAAUAGUGAAAUCGAAAAGUUGCAUCUUCAUACACUAAGGAUUAUUUAUCAUUAUUCGGUUUAGUUUUUUUUUGUUUAUUUGCUUAAAGUUUUUGUUAAAAAUUUAUACUUAUACCAAAAUAAUUAGGUUUACUAUAUAUACAUAACUCUACAUAAUAUAUUUUUAGUUUCAAGAAAAAAAAGAAGAAGAACUUUCCACAUAAUA